CGUGACAGCACGUGGAUGUUGAAAGUGACCCUUUCUCCGGACCGACAGAGUGCAGAUAAUGCAAAAGCUGAAGUCAAGAAGCAGAAAACUGAUGCUGAGAAACAAGAAGGUUCUUCAGAUAAAGAUGGCCAGACUCACAACUUAAAAGUUAUAUCCUGGAAUAUUAAUGGAAUUCGAGCUUUCUUGGGUAAAAAUGGAUUUGACUAUUUCAAGAGAGAGGACCCAGAUAUAUUUUGUCUUCAAGAAACAAAGUGUCCUGAAUCACAAGUCCCCGAAGACUGUAAAAUCAAAGGUUAUUAUAACUACUGGUACAGUGCUGAGACUGAUGGUUAUGCAGGAUGUUGUUUGUAUAGCAAGAAAAAACCAAUCUCUGUCACCAAAGGAAUUGGAAUUGAGAAACAUGAUAAAGAAGGAAGAGUUAUCACUGCCGAAUUUGAAAAGUUCUAUGUUGUCACAACCUAUAUUCCUAAUGCUGGCAAGAAAUUAGUCCGAUUGGAUUACAGAAUCAAAGAAUGGGAUGUGGAUUUCUUAGAUUAUCUUGUCAAGUUAGAUGGAAAGAAACCUGUCAUAUUAUGUGGAGAUCUGAAUGUUUCACAUCUUGAAAUAGAUCUAAAAAAUCCAAAGAAUAAUAAGAAAACUGCUGGAUUUACUCAAGAAGAAAGAGAUGGGUUUAGUAAGAUGUUGGAUAAAGGAUUUGUUGAUUCAUUUCGACACCUGUACCCCAAGAAAACAGAUGUUUUUACCUUCUGGACAUACAUGAUGAAUGCUAGAGCUAAAAAUGUUGGAUGGCGUCUGGAUUACUUUGUCAUUUCUAAGAGACUGGUAGAUAAUCUCACUGAUACUUUGAUUCACAAGGAUGAAAUGGGGAGUGACCAUUGCCCAAUUGUUUUGCUCAUGAACAUGUAACCUGUCAACUUAUAUUAGAACCUUCUAAGUAUAGACUAUAUUCUGUAACGUAUCCCAAGUCUUUUCUGAAGGGCUUUUUUUUUUAUCUGUUUUUGAAUUGUAACACUCAUGUAACAUUCCUUUCAUGGCAAAGCUCAUAAUGGGGGGGAAAAACACAUUUUCUGUAUUAAAUUUUCAUCAGGGUUUUUUAUCUUCUUAUUUUAUUAAAGACAUUUUUCAUCUCA